AUGGCCGCACAUGAUUCGCUAGUAUCGUCCGAAAUGACGCUGCCCUCCGAUAUUUUGGAUACGGCCCAGAGUCUCUUGCAAUAUUUACGGAUAAUUUCACCAAUCGCUCUCUUGUUGGCCUUUGUGAUUGCCUUCAUCGUUAGUUCGAUAUCAUCUGCCAGGCAGUUGACGCCAACUACCACCCCAGCAUGUGGUCCCGGAGGACGUCCGCUACCCAAGCGGACACGAAGUACAAUGGCAGUAAUGAAAAACAAACAAAAUGUCUCGCCUCGAUUCCGGGUCGUCUUUCAAUGGCUCUCGUUAGCUGUAUUGUUGACAUUUCUUGUUGAUGCGGCAGUGAAUGUCUCGCACGCCAUAAUUGACCGCUCUGAUCACUGGUGGCGAGGCCAGGCAACGGUGAUCUACAUCGUUGGUUGCUUCUUUGUACAUGCUUUGGUUCUGAUCUCACUGGUCGAUGCAAAACCAUCGCCUCAAGGGGCACAAUUUACUACAUGGCUGCUGGCUAUUCCUCUGGAUGUCAUAAUAUGGGUAGCUUCUCUAAUCAUAUACACCAAUCCGCAUCGCGAGCCAGUCGUGGGUGAUCCUCGAGGUGGUCCUUGGAGAAACGGUAUGACAGGCUGGGAAGCAAUGGAAGUCACAUCGAACGCCAUUCGUGUUCUCACGCUCUUGGCCCUCGUUUUCCUUUACAUUAUGUCGACUAGUCAGAGCUCAAACAGCCGCAAAGCUAAUUCGCGCUUGGCUGGAGAUGUCGCCGAGACCAGAGGUCUGUUGAGCGAAGCAACCGUAGGUACUAACGGAUCUGCGUAUGGUGCGACACAUGCCAACGGACAUGCAUCACCAUCACAGAAGCCGGUCGAUCCAUGGGUACGUCCAUCAACCGUGCCCUCGACUAGCUGGUGGGAAUAUCUUAGUGGAUAUUCCCUUUUCUUCCCCUAUCUUUGGCCGUCCAAGUCUCGCAGACUCCAGUUUGUGGUUGUUAUUUGUUUCGGUCUUAUAUUGUUGCAACGGGUGAUUAAUGUGUUGGUGCCUUACCAAGUGGGUGUUAUUACGGAUAUUUUGGCAGAUGAUGAAGGUAAAGGGCUUCCAGUACCGUGGUUUCAGAUCUGCCUGUACAUCUUCUACCGUUGGCUGCAAGGCAAUCAGGGUCUCAUUGGAUCUUUGCGAUCUAGUUUAUGGAUACCGGUUAGUCAGUACUCUUAUAUGGAACUGUCGACAGCCGCGUUCGAGCACGUACAUAGCUUGAGCUUGGAUUUCCACUUGGGCAAAAAGACUGGAGAGGUUCUAUCGGCGCUGAGUAAAGGCAAUUCGAUCAAUACGUUCCUUGAACAAGUUACAUUUCAAGUUGUGCCUAUGUUAAUCGAUCUCGGUGUCGCAAUCGGCUACUUUCUUAUUUUCUUCGAUCCAUACUAUGCCCUAGUGGUGGCUAUUGUCACAUUCUGCUAUCUCUAUGUGACUAUUCGCAUGGCCCAAUGGCGGGCUGAGAUCAGGCGUCAGAUGGUCAAUGCAUCCCGUCAGGAGGACGCUGUUAAGAACGAUUCUAUGGUGUCCUAUGAAACCGUUAAAUACUUCAACGCGGAGUCUUAUGAAUUUGAUCGAUACCGAGGCGCUGUCCGCGAUUUCCAAAACGCUGAAUAUCAUGUCCUUUUCUCGCUUACGUUGAUGAAUACGAGUCAAAACACCGUCUUCAUGCUUGGCCUGUUGGUGACGUGCUUUAUUGCUGCAUAUCAGGUCUCCACGGGCGAACGACAAGUUGGCAAGUUUGUAUCUCUACUAAUCUAUAUGGCUCAACUUCAAGGACCUUUGAAUUUCUUCGGAACUUUCUACAGGUCAAUUCAGUCAGCGCUGAUCAACUCGGAGCGCAUGCUGGAACUUUUCAGAGAACAACCAACAGUCCGCGAUGCUCCACAAGCGAAAGCACUAACUCAUUGUAAUGGUGGAAUUGUUUUUGAGGACGUCCAUUUCUCGUACGACAGCCGCAAACCAGCCCUCAAUGGACUGACAUUUGAAUGUCGACCAGGCACGACUACCGCUCUAGUUGGAGAAUCCGGUGGUGGUAAAUCCACAGUAUUCCGUCUUCUUUUCCGAUUUUACGAUGCCUCAAGUGGCAGCAUUCGUGUUGAUGGCCAAGAUGUUCAAGAUGUGACCAUCGACUCAUUGCGUCGUCAUAUUGGUGUUGUACCUCAAGAUACCGUUCUGUUUAAUGAAACUUUGAUGUACAACUUGAAGUACGCAUGCCCAGACGCGACUGAUGAGCAGGUCUACGAAGCGUGUCGCGCAGCCAGCAUUCACGACAAAAUCCUUUCGUUUCCCGAUGGCUACCAAACUAAGGUUGGAGAGCGGGGUCUUCGACUUAGCGGUGGAGAGAAACAGCGUGUAGCAAUCGCUCGUACGAUACUGAAGAACCCCCGCAUAAUUCUUUUGGACGAAGCAACUGCUGCUCUUGAUACGGAAACCGAGGAGCAAAUUCAAGAUGCAUUGGCCACUUUAUCGAAAGGCCGUACUAUGCUUGUGAUAGCUCAUAGACUGAGUACCAUCACAGAUGCCGACCAGAUCUUGCUUCUGAAUGAUGGCCAAGUUACCGAACGUGGCACUCACGAUGAACUCCGCGAAAUGAACGGCCGCUAUGCCAGCAUGUGGCGCAAACAGAUACGCGCACAAAGAGCUGCAGAGCUCCGCGGUGCAACGGCAACCGAUGAUAGCUCCAGCCAAUCAGAGGAGGAACGCAAUGCAAAGCCUGAUCGUGAGCCACCUGCUCGACGUUCAAGUCGAGCCGCUGACGGUCACAACCCUCAUGCUUGA